CCCACUCCGUCUCUCACCACCAACCACGCCGCGCCGCCACCGGCCAUCCCGCCGCCGCCGCUGCCAUGCUCCGGCUCCGAAGCUGCACCCUCACCCAGCUCCUCUCUUCUCCCUACACCUCCCAUCUCUCUCCUCUCCACCGUCUCCUCUCCGCCGCAGCCGCCUCCGCCGUUUCCCCGGCCGCCACCCCUGGCUUUGGCGCCGAGGAGUACCUCGUCUCCGCCUGCGGCUUGACCCGAGCCCAGGCCAUCAAGGCCUCCACCAAGCUCUCCCACCUCAAGUCCCCCGCCAAGACCGACGCCGUCCUCGCCUUCCUCGCCGGCAUCGGCCUCUCCGCCGCCGACGUCGCCACCGCCGUCGCCAAGGACCCGCUGUUACUCUGCGCCGGCGUGGAGAGGACCCUGGCCCCCGUCGUCGAUGGGCUCACCGGCCUCGGCCUCUCGCGCUCUGAGGUCGCGCGCAUCGCCGUGUUCGUCCCCAGCAAAUUCCGCUGCAGAUCCAUCGUCUCCGCUCUACACUACUACCUGACCCUCUUCGGCUCCAUGGACCACUUGCUCCGGUUGCUCAAACGCGGCUUCUGGCUACAUGGUUCUGACCUCGAGAGGGUGGUCAAGCCCAACGUCGCGUUCCUGCGGGAGUGCGGGCUACAGGAUUGCGACAUUGCCAAGCUGUGCAUCCGUGUGCCAAGGAUCCUCAAAAUCAACCAGCAGCGCCUCCGGGCGAUGGUGGCAUGUGCCAAAGCUCUCUGUGUGCCGCAUGGCUCUGGGAUGUUGGCAAAAGCGUUGCAUGCUGUCGCAUUCUAUGACGAGGAGAAGAUCGCCACCAAGGUGGAGCACCUGAAGAAGACGUUAAGGUGGUCGGAUACUGAGGUGGGCAUUGCUUUGCCCAAGGCUCCGAUGGUGCUGACCUAUUCCAAGGACAGGCUGCAACGUGUCUCAGAGUUCCUCAUAUCCGAGGUGGGGUUGGAACCAGGGUACAUUGCUCAUCGGCCGGCGGUUCUCGCUUACAGCCUGAAUGGUCGGCUCAGGCCCCGGUACUACGUUGUGAAGUUUCUCAAGGAAAACAGAUUGCUACAUCGUGACCGGGACUACUACAGUACAGUCAUGAUCACCGAGAAGGCAUUUGUGGAGAAGUUCAUAUGCCCACACAAGGAAGCUGCACCGCAGCUUGCUGAAGACUAUGCAGCAGCUUGCAGAGGGGAAGUGCCGGCUAGAUUCAGAUUUACAUGAACCAUGACCAGCAUGAAAAUUGCAUUUCGCUAAACUUGGUGUGUGCAGAUCUGGAAAAGAAAAAGAUGCGGAGGAAUUCAGGGUGAGAUUUUGGUGGAGGACUGAUCUUCUCUCUCUAGCUUCCAGAGUGUUAUGGUCCUCUGAUACCGAUUUCAUUGUUUGUAGUUAAUGCACACUCUGGAUAUUCAAUCCUUUUACUAGUGGCUCAUGCCCUGUUUGUUGUUGCAUGGUUUGCAAUGCAGUCACGCCAGUGUAGUUACAUGUAUAGUAACUAUCUCAUGUCAUCAUGAUUAAUUAUUUAUUUAGUGAAGCUGUGCGCAGAGAACAUUCUCUUUUAUGUCGCUAGCAUUCAUAUGCAUGGUUUGGUUGGCUUCUGAUGGGAAAAUGAUGAAUACUGCUCCCACUGUAAACUAAUAUAAGAUGUUUUAGGUCACUACUUAGUGACCUAAAACGUCUUACAUUAGUUUACAGUGGUAUCUACUCCCUCCGUUCGGAAAUACUUGUCGGAGAAAUGAAUGUACCUAGAUGUAUUUUAGUUCUAGAUACAUCCAUUUUGGUGACAAGUAUUUGCGAACGGAGGGAGUAGCUGCUAAAUAAUCUGCUUCUAUUUUGGUUCCAUUUUCUUUGAGUUUCAAGGCUGAACUGGUUGCUGUUAUGCACAGGGUGGCGACUGAGCUGAGCGUCAUGGUGUUGUACCCAGCGAGGAACACGUCCUCGAUGGUUACGCGGAUGUCGACAGAUGCCACGACGCGACCACCGUGGCCAUGAGGAUGAUCAGGAGAGAACACAGCAGCAGCGGCAGUGGAGGGAGCUUGUUCUUUAAGGAAUGUCAUAUUCAAACAAAAAAUACCUCUCUACAUUUUGCCAAGCACAGCAGGCUUCACAUGGGAGGGAGGGUGGCGACUUGACGUGAAACUUCCCUAUCAAGUAGUUGCAAUUGCUGCCUCAUUUUUUGGUUGAAUGGGUAGCGUGGGUGUCAAUGGGAACGUAUCCGGUGCACCGGAUGCCGUACAACAUUUUAAAAAUUCUGAAAAAAAAUUGAGCACAUUGACAUAACAUCAAUGUAUGUCAUCACAAAAUUUCGUAUCAAAAUUUGAAAUAUUAUUUGAGAUACAAAAAUGACAAAAUUUACAUCAGUGUGAUAAUGGGCCAAAUCUAAAGCCCAACCUAUGUUAUGUACUAUUAGUGUUGAAUUUGUCAUUUUUGUUUUA